CCGGUGGAUACAUUUUUCUUCCUGGUUUGAUGUAGCGCACUGACUGUGAAUGUUAGCUUUUUCUCUGACUACUGAUCUUACAGCCAGCAGUCAGGUUUUUUGUUCAGUCAGGUCUCAGUGAUGCUAUGAAGAUGUCUGAUCACAGAAACAUCAGAGACCACAAGGAUGAUGAUGAUGAUGAUGAUGUGUUAGAGCUUUCAGCCAGCGAUGAAUCUGAGCCUGAAGAAGCACCAAGAGAGGCUCCGUUUGACCCAGAGCUGGAUCACAGCGAUGAAGACGGGGAGGUGAUGACCUCUGUUUCACCUUCUGCUCCCGCAGCGCAGAGUUCUUUCAGCCUGAGCGGAGCGAGUUCAGGCUUCUCAUUCCGCAGCCGCAGCAUCUUUGACUGCCUGGACAGUGUAGAGAAGCGCUCUGUCACUCCGCGGAACCAAGGGAACUCAGCAGAAAGCAGGAAGACGAGCCACCCUCCUUCCACUUCUCCCAUACCACAGAAGAAGAGAGGAGUCCCAGACUAUCUGGUGCACCCCGAGCGAUGGACACGCUACAGCCUGGAGGAUGUAGCGGAGAGCAGCGAUCAAGAUAACAGGAGAGCAGCUCACCAGUUCCUGUCUGGUCUGCAUCAGGAGACAAAAAGUGAUCCUCGCUGUGACGUCCAGGAGAGGAUGCUCUUCUCCAGACCAAAGCGGCUCUCGAAAGAGCAGGUGGCUGUGCAGCUGCCACCUGAUCUGCAGGAAAAGGAGAAGGAGUUACAGCUGAGUCACCUGGCUGAUGAGGAUGAAGAUAAUGAAGGCAGAGAAAGAGCGGAGGUUGGAGAUACGACAGAAAAAUCAAAACAAGGAAAGAAAAAUAAAGAGAAAAGCAUGGGUGAACCUGUUGUUCUGGAAGAGGAGAAGAAGUUAGGUGAGUCCAAAGUUAACUUCUCCUCCUUCAGGAAGACCACAGCAAAGAACUACAGAAGAAAUUCUGGAGAAAAAGAAGACUGACUUCUGAAUGGAUGCAAUACUAAAUGAUUUCUGACCUGUCAGACAGCAGUAUUCCUUCUGCACAGAACUUCCAUUUCAUCCAUUCAUUUUUUUGGGUGGGACACGCAUGAUGGAUUCAUGAGAUGAUUUUGCAUUAUUUAGAGGAAAACUAAGAAUACUCAUUUCUUGUUUUUCCAAAUGAAGUAAAGCAUUAAGAAACUUCAUUGUUUUAAGCUUCUGUAAGUGGUGUAGAGUAAUUAUACCAGAUUUGACCUGUCCUUGUCCCAGUCCUAGUACUUAGAAAAAAGAUUAAAAAUGUUCUUUUUGUUUUUUUCAAAGUAGAAUAAAAGUUCCAUACACCCCAAGCUGUGUUUUAAAAAGAAAAUCUGUUUAGUGUACAACAACUCAAUUCUCAAAUGGAAUGUUAGGAAUCAGGUAUCAACACCAGAACUGCUGCCAGACGUAGUUUACAGCCAUGUUGUCUCACAGGUUUUACAAAUCAUUCACAUCUUUGAGCUUUUCUCCCGCAGAUUGCCCAGAAUGCUUCCAGUGAAAAUGUUUGAGAGGCUUCUUCAGUGCUCAGUUAACUGAGAGUUAUCAGCUUAUCAUCAGUGCAACUAGGCAACUCAAGAACUACUUCAUUUUUUACUUCAAAACUAGAGUCUUAGUUUUACAAGAUGAAGUUAUGCUAACAGUCCUUCUCAGACAGGUUACCUCAGUAUUACAAUGUCGUAAGUGAGUUCUCUUAUUCUUCCUGCAGCAAUAGUGGCAAAACAGGUUUGGUUAUUACUGGUGUUACAAGGCAUUUGUUUAAUGAACUCCCUCUCCUGGGGCAGACAGAUACCUCACACUCAGGGUGUGCUGCUCUCAUCACCUGCCUUUUAAAUGUUCACCUGAUACUCCACCAAAAACGCUUGCAGAGAUACAGAUGUGAGUGUGAAGACAGACAUACCUGGCUGUACAGCAUCAGUGAGGAUGAAUACAAGAUGAAUUUUAAAAUGGAUCAGGAGACGAACUUGCAGAAGAUGGCGGCAUCAGUGUCAUAGUUCUUCAUCCCCCAGUCAUCCACUGAGGCUGAUAUGAUGAAACAUGUUAUGAUUGAGUCAGUUUUGUGUUACUGACUUUUCAAUAAGAUUUAAAAGUUCAUUUAAUUCAGUAAAUACAUCUGUAGGUGAAGCACAUUAGAUAGAUCAAGUAUACACAAACUGUUUUCCAGCUUUUAUUCCUGUUAAUGAUGUUUUAUUUUGUUUAUGGCUAAUGAAAACACAUUUAAAAGUUAGACUAAAAACAUUUUCUUACAGAAAUGUGGGCUUAAUUAAAAAUAUAUUUAAUACCUGUUGUUCUUUACUCAAACAAGAUUCAUGGAAAUUCUCUUUUUUUUUUAGUUUAAUGAAUAUAACAGGUACUUCUAAAAAAAA